AUUGUACGCCAAGCAUUUGAGAUUCAUCUUUCACCGUGAUAUGAUGUUCAGGUUACUCGUGUUAGCUAGUGUGAUUAUCUUCUCUACGUGUGAUGUGACGUCACAGAAUAAUUGUCAACAAGAUGUGAACUGUUUCUUGCCAAACUGUUUCUGUAGUACAUUCAAUCACCCAAUGAAUUUGAGCGAGAUUCCACAAAUGGUUUAUUUUGGAUUUGAUGACGCUGUGAAUGAACAAAUGGCAGAUCAUUAUGACUAUCUGUUUUUGAAGGAUAAUCUGACGAAUCCAAAUGGAUGUCCUAUCAGUAUUACACUUCUUGUUUCUGACGAAUACACUGAUUACUCAAUUUUAAAACGGUAUUAUCAACAUGGAUUUGAACUCGGUGUUCAUAGUGUAACCCAUACGCAUAUCAAUUCGGGAGUGAAGGUGCGGAAAGAAGCUGAAGAUCAGAGAAAUAAUCUCAUCACACAAGUUGGUGUUUCAAAAAAGGAGGUUGUAGGAUGGAGGAGUCCAUUUCUCAUAACAGCAGGCGAUCAACAGGUAGAUGCUCUAAAGCAACUCGGAUUUAAGUAUGAUAUUUCACUUAUAUACACCAGACCCCAGUUAGACGCUGAUGACGUUUGGCCCUUCACGCUGGACUUUGGAUGGCCCUUCCGAUGUCAAAACAACAGAUGUCCAAAACAAAACCACAAAAAUUUCUGGCAAAUACCUAUCAAUUCCUUGAUAGACUAUAAGCACGAAUACAUGUGUAAUUUUGUUGACGGAUGCCAUAAUAAUCCCGGAAAUGAGGCGGAGGCGUAUAAAUAUAUUAUGGAUAAUUUUUAUAGACAUUACCAUGGGAACAAAUCUCCAUUUGGAUUAAGCAUCCAUGCUGCUUGGUUUCAUACCAGAUAUAUGAGAGAUGGAAUGGAAAGAGCUAUAAAUGAUAUGAACCAAUUUGAGGAUGUUUAUAUUGUAAAUAUUAAGCAGGUGGUGGAAUGGAUGAAGUACCCGACAAAGUUAUCUGAAAUUAAAACAUUUGACGGAUUCGGAUGUUGGCCACGUAAGAAACCAUUAAUACACAUACUCCUCAUAGUAGUUCCGGUUUCUUCUUUUUUAACACUUAGCAUUGGACUGCUUAUUUUUUCCCUUCGAAAAUUAACCCGUAGAAAAGAUUAUAUUGCAUUGAAUCGUAAAGAACAUAUUAAAAAUAUUGUCAAUGGUAGUGAUGAGGCUGACUAAUAAUGUUAUAUAUUUAUUACGUCAUAAUAAAUACUGCUUAAGUCCA